CUUCCGUCGUUUGGCUGAGGCGGUGCUGGCCGUAGCCAGGAGCAGCCGCUUGAGGACUGAUGAGGUACUGUUGCCGAAGAUGAACGGUUGACUUCUGAGUCGACGCCAUCUCAAAAGAAUCCUGUCCCUUUUCGGAAGGGGUUUGGAAAACAAAAUGGCCACUUUGCCAGGUACCUCUACGGGGCCUCCCCCGCCUCUGCCUGGUCCAGGAGUGGCUGUGUGGGAGUGGCAGGACGAGAUGGGCCGGUGGAGGCCGUACCAGAGCGGCGUGUGCAGCUACAUCGAGCAGUCCUUCCAGGCCCUCCUAGUGAAGGGCCGGCGCUCCUUGGGGACCUGGCCCGUCAAUGGCAGCAUCCCCCUGGGGCAAGCGGAUUCUGCACUAGCCCCCUACGUCAUCGACAUACAAAGUCUGACGCAGUUCCGGCAAGAUACAGGGACCAUGCGUGCUGUGCGUCGGCACGUCUUCCAGCUGGAUUCUGCCGCCGGGCAGGGCGUGGUCUGGGAGUGGCAGAACGACGAAGGCGGUUGGUUCCCUUACGAGAUGAACGUUUGCGUCUACUUGGAGCAAGCCUUCACUUUCAAUAACCCCCAGGUGGAUCUGGGGUCCUUUGGUUACAACUAUGGCAUUGAUUUUGUGUCACAGACCCAAACCAAUAAGACCACCGGCUUCCAGCGAAGGAUCAGGAGGCGCGUGGACUCACCUUACCCGGUUGCCUCAGCCCCAGGGCCUCCUCACACGGGCCCCACGUGUUCAUGCCAGCAGUGUUUGCUGAACAGCGGGACGGGCCCCAUCACUUCACGGUAUCGUCACUCCAUGGUGAAUCUUCCCGGACCCUCAGCUGGAACAGUCCCCAGGCCCCACGCUGGAAUACAGGGGCCCGGCAGGUCAACUGGACUCGGGACCUCACUCGUGGGCUUCGUGCCUUAUAACAAGCCAGCCCUGUCCGGAGCAAGGUCAAUGCCGAGGUUGAACAUGCAGGGUGUAGGGGCCGCACCGCAAUCCGCAGCCGUUGCUGGGCCAGUCAGCAUACCAAAGCUACCGGUGAGAAUGGCGAGAUCCACCAAAGUGAGCCAAGCUCUGGCAGGCAUGAUGGCCUUUCUGAUGUCAGUCCCUGGAUUUCCUGUGCACCUCACCCAGGCGCCUCCGCCUGCCCGAGCCCGUAGAGUUUCUAAAAAGCCCUGCUCCGUUAAGGAGGGGAGGAGAGCGCCCCCCAAAGCUGGCGCCAGCAACCCUGAAGAGGUGGUGAAGAAGUAUUUGGAGGAGCUGAGGACAACCCCUGCUGAUGAGGACUGCAUCAUCUGCAUGGAAAAGCUGGGUGCGCCUUCGGGCUACGGCGACGUGUGCGAGAGCGAGACGAUCCAGCCACAGGACGUGGGGAGGCUGGCUAAGUGCAACCACGCCUUCCACCUGCUCUGCGUGCUAGCCAUGUACACCAGCGGCAACAAGGACGGCAGCCUACAGUGUCCGUCAUGCAAGGCCAUCUACGGGGAGAAAACAGGCACACAGCCCAAAGGGAAGAUGGAUGUUUCCCUGCUUCCAGAGCCCCUCCCAGGGCACGAGGAUUGCGGCUCCAUUCAGAUCGCGUACCACAUUAGCAAAGGCGUUCAGGGUCCAGAACACCCCAACCCAGGGAUACCAUACACUGCCAGGGGAUUUCCGCGCUACUGUUACCUGCCGGAUAAUGAGAAGGGCAGAAAGGUGCUGGAGCUCUUAAAGCUGGCCUGGAGAAGGCGCUUGAUCUUCACCGUGGGGACGUCCAGCACGACGGGCGAAAGCAACACGGUGGUGUGGAACGAGAUCCACCACAAGACGGAAAUGAACUCCAACAUCUCGGGCCACGGCUACCCGGACCCCAACUACCUGGACAACGUGUUGGCUGAGCUGGCGGCCCAGGGAGUCACAGAGGAGGGUUUGAGGCCCUGAGCGCGCGGCCUCCGCUUUGGACGGGAGCAGCAGCAGCAGCAGCGCGCAGUGCCGCCCACCCUCUCUCGGACUGGGGGGCGCCUCCCUUGGGGGUGGCGGGAGCAGCGCUGACCUCCUCCCGUUGCCUUAAGUCUGCUUGCCUUUGUUUUCUGAGCAAUAACAUUGUCUCUGGGAUCGUCCACUUCAGUUGUGGGAAGAAGGUGUAUAUAUAUAUACAUAUACAUAUGUAUAUAUAUACAUAUACACACACACACAACGUUUUGUAUCUUUUUAAGGGCUCUGGGUCCCGAUCCACCCUGAAUGUACGCAGUGAAACUUUCUCCCUCCUGUAGGAGAAAUGCAUAAAAGGUUGGUGGCUUCACUUUCA